AUGCAUUUAAGCCUUCCCCAAGACCUAGAAAGGAAGUUCAGAAGCGUCGUCGCCUUGGUGGCUCAGCUGCUCAGACUGCUUCUCCCCAUUUGGCCGCCGCCGCCGCUGACCUUCACCUUCUCCUCUCUGCCAACUUCCCAAGGGCUGAUGGAAGUCGAAUCCAAGUCCGCGUCGAGGUGUACCACUGAGAGGGCGAAGGGAACGCACGUCUUCGAGAUCGUCGGGUACAGCCUCAUCAAGGGCUUGGGCGUCGGCGAGUGCGUCCGGUCGGCAACCUUCACUGUCGGCGGCUACGACUGGGCUAUCCGCUUCUACCCUGACGGAGCCGAUCAGUAUGCUGAUUGCGUUUGCGUGUCGGUCUCUCUCGACUCCAGGGGCGGAAGAAUGGGGGCGACGGCGCGGGCAUCUUGUGAUCUAAGAUUGGUUAACCAAGAUACUGGGUUGCCAAAAAGUAUUCUUUCUUCAGCAGCACCGGCAAUGUUCAACUACGGAUACAAUCGCCGUUUUUUCCCAGAACAAGGAGGAGCCAUUGUUAGAAGCUUGCUGGAGCAGAAAGAAUCGGGGUACAUUAAGGAUGAUAGCCUGAUGAUUGAAUGUGUACUCACAGUCAUCAAGCAAUCGGAGGUGGUAAAAACCAAAGGAAACUCUGAAAUCAAGGUGACGCCUUCAAAAUUAUCACAACAUUUGGGCAAGUUGUUGUUGGCAGAGAAGGGAUCCGAUGUUACUUUCAGCGUUGGGGGAGAGACUUUUGCCGCGCACAAGAUUAUACUUGCUGCACGAUCACCAGUCUUUGAGGCAGAGCUCUAUGGAGAUAUGAAGGAGAGAAAUGAGCAAUGCAUUAUGGUUGAAGACAUGCAGCCUGCUGCUUUCAAGGGUUUGCUGCAUUUCAUAUACACAGAUUCUUUUCCUGCCGUGGAUGAUACUGGUGAUGAUGAUUACACCGAGACAAUCCGCCAUUUACUUGUGGCUGCAGAUAGAUAUGCCAUUGACAGGCUCAAGUUGAUAUGCCAAAGCAUCCUCGGGAAAAACCUUGCCAUGGAGACACUGGCAACUACAUUGGCUUUAGCUGAUCAGCAUAACUGUGACAGGCUUAAGGACGCGUGCAUUGAGUUUAUUUCGUCUAAGGAUGAGAUGGAUGCUUUGAUGGCAACCCAAGGUUACACGAAUCUCAAAAGAACUUGCCCUUCUGUCUUGUUAGACGUGUUAGAGAAGGCAAGUAAGUUGCGCAAAACAUAG